GAACGUUUUGGGGUUAGAUUUACGCAAUUGACUUUUACACGGGUUAUUAAUCGGCGUGAAUUUUCUUGCGAUAUCAAAGAAAAACCUUCUUCUAAAAGUUUGUUUGCAGUUUUUGAUUGAACUAUCAGCGGAACAAUGUCUGCUUUUGUUGCCGUACGUCAAGCAAAUGCACUGUGUGUUGCGACCGCUGCUGUGGGUCGUUGCAUAGCCACUCGUCGCGCACUGAGUACUGGACGUUUGAUUCGUUGCACAAGAGGAUCUGCCGCUGUGCUGUUACGUUGCCCACAUCGUUUACCCACACUUGCUGGGGCCACACCUAGUUUCCAACACUAUAUUCGCUCAUAUGCUAAUGAGAAAAAAGUAUUUGAGCGGACCAAACCUCAUUGCAAUGUGGGCACUAUUGGACAUGUGGAUCACGGAAAGACUACCUUGACGGCGGCUAUAACCAAGGUGCUGGCGGAAAAGGAAUUAGCUGAAAGCAAGAAAUACAAUGAAAUUGAUAAUGCACCAGAGGAAAAGGCUCGCGGCAUUACUAUUAAUGUAGCGCACGUGGAGUAUCAGACUGAAACACGUCAUUAUGGUCACACCGACUGCCCCGGCCAUGCCGAUUACAUUAAGAACAUGAUCACUGGUACAGCGCAGAUGGAUGGCGCUAUACUUGUGGUUGCUGCCACUGAUGGUGCUAUGCCGCAAACUCGUGAACAUUUACUACUAGCCAAACAAAUCGGUAUAAACCAUAUUGUAGUAUUUAUUAACAAAGUUGAUGCUGCUGAUCAAGAAAUGGUAGACUUGGUUGAGAUGGAAAUUCGCGAACUGAUGUCUGAGAUGGGCUACGAUGGUGAUAAUGUCCCUGUGGUGAAAGGUUCGGCGCUGUGUGCGUUGGAGGGACGUAGUCCUGAAAUCGGAUCAGAUGCUAUUAUGCAGCUAUUGAAAGAAGUUGACAGCUUCAUUCCAACACCGGUUCGUGAAUUGGACAAACCUUUCUUGCUGCCAGUUGAAAACGUCUACUCCAUUCCCGGACGUGGAACUGUCGUUACCGGACGUCUAGAGCGUGGUGUGGUUAAGAAAGGCAAUGAUUGCGAAUUUGUGGGUUAUAAUAAAGUUAUUAAAUCUACGGUAACUGGAGUUGAGAUGUUCCAUCAAAUUCUUGAUGAAGCACAGGCUGGUGACCAGUUGGGCGCAUUGGUGCGUGGUGUUAAGCGCGACGACAUCAAGCGUGGUAUGGUCAUGUGUAAGCCCGGUUCGGUUAAAGCUCUAGAUCAGCUGGAGGCACAAGUGUACAUCUUAGCCAAGGAAGAAGGAGGUCGCCAUAAGCCAUUUAUGUCCUUUAUUCAAUUGCAAAUGUUUUCGCGAACAUGGGAUUGUGCAGUGCAAGUGCAAAUACCAGAUAAGGAUAUGGUGAUGCCUGGUGAGGACACUAAAUUGAUUUUGCGCCUCAUACGUCCAAUGGUGUUGGAACAAGGACAGCGUUUCACACUACGUGAUGGUAAUUUAACAUUGGGCACAGGUGUUGUAACGAAAGUACUGCCGCCACUCAACGAAAAAGAACGAAUGUCGUUGACGGAAGGCAAAAAGGCGCGUGAGAAGAAGGAGGCUGCCAAGAAAUAAACCAAAAUGAAGUUUGUUUUCUAAUUAUAUUUAGUUUUAUAUAAAUAUCGUAUACCUUUGUAAUUGUAAAGUGGGGAAUCGAAAUGAGAAAUGACAAUUGAGCUCCUAAUGCAUUUCGAUUUUCGUCACAUAGAGUAUGAAAGUUGCAUUCAGCUUCAUAAUUCCAUGCAUUCAGUUGAUUGUUGAAUAAAGUCAGAAAUACAUUAAAAAA